AAUUAGCGAUGUCGUUUAAAAUGUGUUAAUUAAUUACCGAAAAUAUUUAAAAUAUGAAUUUACACCAGAUUGUUAGUGGCGCGUGUAACGCGGGCGACAAGUGCUUCGCUGUCGGCUCUGUGGAAGGUGUCCCGUUUACCGCGUAUGCCGCUGGCUGCAACAUUGUUAUUUUGGCCUCUACUUUCGAGCGUGUGCAGAUUAUACCUGGCGCGGUUCAUGAUUACAUUCGAAUCAGCUCUAUUGAUUGUUCUAGUGAUACUGGCAAAAUUGCCGCUGCUUACGAUAAUACCGUGUGCAUUUACGAACCUACGCCUUUAAUUCAUAAUAAUUCUGUGCAUGGUCUGGACUACAGGUGGGUCCAAACGGGAACUUUAAAAACCGAUUCUCCUAUACGCGCCCUCAGCUGGAACCUCGAGGGUACCCGGUUAUUAACAGCCGGCGACGAUGUCCAACUAUGGCACUUAAAGCAGCAAAUUAUUGAGGAACCUGCUGUAACUUUUACUCUGGGUGGUGGCCCUGAGGGUGAAGAUAAUCAAGAUGAUCAUGAAAAAGCACAAGACCAAGAGCAGACUUCUUGGAAUUGCGUUUGGAAAGCUAUCACCGCAAUACCAAUUCAACAUCUGGCGUUUAGCCCAGAUGGAACCCUGUUUGCCACUUGCGGCGAAAACGACAGACUAGUAAAAAUCUGGUAUGAAAACAAACAUUUUCUUUUUACAUCAAAAAGUACUGACGAACCACCCGAGCUUGACUACGGGUUUGUUUAUAUAGCGCACCCGAGAGCCGUUACACAUUUAUCAUGGCGUACUACAAGCAAAUAUAUGCCUAAAGGAUCGGUAUCUAAUAUGUUACUGACAUCAUGUAAAGACAAUAUAUGUCGUUUGUGGGUGGAGACCGUACUGCCUGAGGACGGUCUAGUUAAUUUAUCUCAGUUAGAUCCGCAAGCUAACCACCCGAAAUUUAGAACUCACCGUCACAAGCACAGGUUCAUGCAGAGAUUGAAACAUAUGAAAACGUGUUUCCAUAUAAGGCGGAACGCGAAGCACCACGGCCACGGUAUCGGAGGCCCGUCGCCGCCCAUUCCUACACUGCCCUCCACCUAUAGUGUACACGACUUCCAUUCGUACGGUUAUCACGGCACAGGAGUGACACCCGGGCUCCAUUUCCAUUUGGCCGCGUCCGUCAACGCGGAGACCGAUAUUCCCUUGGUGCCGAGCAUAAGUUACUGUAAUCCGCGUCCAGCUUUCGUAUUGCAUUGGUUGGAUAACAAAGAAAUGCACUUCAGUCUACAGGCGGAGUUGUUUUUGGAAGAGUUUGCGCGACCUGUAGUAGAAAACCCUGAGUCUGAGGAAUUCUCCCUGGAACCGCUCAUGGAGUCGGGAGCUCCUGACGGUGUGGACGCCAGAAUCGAGAGCUUUCUAAGGGAUUGGCACCACAGUCCCGAUUUAUUGUUUAGUAUACAUCCGGUUGACGGCAGCUUCUUAAUAUGGGUGGUCGAAUGGUUGGAUGAAUUUCAUCCCGGAUCAUUUCGGCAAGCUCAGGUAUCCUUUUCUACGCGUAUCCCCACCGCAUUUCCUAUCGGUGACUCGAUGAGCAUGUCUACCACCGUUAGCCUGUAUAGCACUACGCCGUUGCUAAAGCAUUUGGUCAAAGACGUUAUUCAAAGGGAGCAAACCAGCAGAAACUUGGCCAGCGUGCAAGAGGAAGACGAAAACAAGCCCUAUUCGGAACAUCAACACUCCGCUGAGGAGCAAAACGAAACAUCUCCGAUCGUUUAUUUGGUGACAAAACACGAUAACGGCACUUUAAAUCUGUGGCAGAUCACUUUCGGCGAUCAAAGUAAAUUUGCCCAAGUUUUAAGUAUUGGCCACAGAAGCAGAGCGUCCGGGCACAGAUUUAGGGUGAACGACAUCACUUGUCACCCCGUAUUACCGCUGCUUCUCACCACCAGUCACCAUAACAUUAUCGACCAAAACAAAUCGCGCAAUAGAAACGGUUUUUGUAGUGAACUUAUACUGUGGAAAGUUGACGCGGUCGGGCCGCUGUCAAAAUCCGGAGGUAUAUGCGAAUUGGCGCGAAUCAGCUCGCCCGAACCUUCGGCAUUUAGCAACGUCGCGUGGAUUCCGACCCUGUUGCCGUCCAGUACGUUGGGCAACCUGUCAAACUCGCCGAGCGCAUGCUUCGUGGCGUCGGACGGUCAAUGUUUGCGCGUUUAUCAAGCCGUGAUCGAUGCCAGGACCCUCCUGGCUGAUCUGGUAUCGUACAAAGAAAACAAACAGAAUACAGACGACGAAACGGUGUCGGAUAUGUCAUCGUUGAACGAGGAAACCCUGCUGGAAAAUAUAAACAUAGUUUCCCAGCAGAGCACCUCCCGUCCAGGAUGCAUUAUUCAAUUGGAAACGAUCGCCGAAGCCAUCCAAUGGCAAAACACCACCUUCUUGCACGUUUAUCAAGAACAAUUGAUUACGGGUAAAAGGAGCGCUACGGCUAACGUGGUCAACCAAGACGCGAUGGUCGAUCUUCAGUUAUCUUCGGUGUUCGAAGAGCCUUUCUUUAUCGUCCUUCUCGACUGUACCGACCAAAACACGAUCAUACACAUGUGGAAAUUGACGAUCGCUUCGACGGAUAACGAGUGCUCGUUGACGGCUAGUCAGAUGUAUGUGCCUGAUUGCAAUCUCGUGCAAGACGAAAACGACUUCUCAAGGAGGAAUAGUAUGGAGUCGUUGCAUUUGAGGCAGGGUAAAGUUAGUCCCCAUAUUAAUCUGACCGUGACCAGAGAGAUUAAGCAAAUCCUACCGUUGCCUGACGGGGUAGAGAUCGUUCACGCGACACCGGCAGCAGGCCAUCUAAGCUCCGCCUCUAUUUAUCCCGCUUGCUUGGCGCCAUAUUGUUUCGCGACCGCUUGCAGCGACGGUAUCAUCAGGUUUUGGAUGGUAUCGAGUAAUCCGAACCACUUGAAGGAGUUCUCCGGGUUAAUGCUCGAGGAGAACGACGUCGUGAUUAAUUCCGGCAAAGUCUGGACCGAGUGGAACAUGAUUAAAGAAUCCGCGAUCGAAAUCGACGGGCAGGUUUUGAACAUCAGUGUCGCGUAUUCGGGACGAUUGGCGUGCGCUUACAAAUACGGCAAAAGUUUCACCAGACCGAGCAAACACGAUCAGGAUUCGAGGUAUAUUAACCUCUGCGUCGCUAUUUACGAAUGCGAAUCCACUGGCGGCACGGAAUGGAUUUUGGAAGACGUCAUUCACUUGAAAAACAUUCAUCUACCCAGGAUCGACAUCAAUAGGCACCUCGACCUGAGUUAUCUGUACGACUCGAGGACCCUGAAAAAGAAACAACGGAUCAACGAAGUGCUACACACUCUGGCCAACGACGACAGGCAAACUCUAUCCGCGGAACCCAUAAAACCUACGUUGUUGGCGGUUCCCAGUUUUACAACGCUGCAGUCGUUACGCAAAUCGAUUACCGAAAUGGGCAACAUCUGUCCUCUCACGCAAAAACACAUCGUGCAACUGGACUGGGUGUCUAACGAGGACGGUUCUCAUAUUUUAACUGUAGCUUGUGGUAGCAAGAUCAUGCUGUACACACCCCUGUCCACGGACUUGGCUCAGGCCAACGUCAAAGCCAUGAAAGAAUCGAUGAACAGUUUCAGGCCGAUAUUAAGGAAAGCCAGCAGUUUGGCGCAGCCUCUCUUCGUCGACGAUUUCAAGUGGAUGACCCUUAGGAAGAUCGAGCUUCAGACGGCAGACGGUCUACCUGCUCUGCCUAUGCAGAUCAGCUGGGUAAGGGACGGCAUAUUGGUGGUCGGUAUGGAUUCCGAGAUGCACGUUUACACGCAAUGGAAGCCGCAGAAUCCGAAUUUGAAACAAAACGGUAUGGCCGAAAUCGAACCCAACAAUCGCGAAAUGGAUUUCAGAACUUUAACGCAGGAGAACCAAAGGAAGUUGGCCGCAAUACCGACCCUCGGCAGGAUAAGCUCGGUUAAUCUGCAAAUCUUGGAUAGGAAACGCAAUAAGGAUCAGAACAUCGACUACAUGCCCGACUACGGGCUGUUCGAAGCCUCGCGUAUCGCAUGUCCGGUGUUACCUCAAUAUCAUCCUAAGCAGCUAAUGGAACUUCUCAAUUCUGGGAAAAUUCGAUGGGUGAAAGCGAUUUUAUCACACUUGGUCAAAUGUAUUGGUGGGAAUCAGGAGCCAUCCGAAGAAAUACAAGGUUGGAGUAGAUCCAGAACCCUCUCUGUCAGCUAUCCUCCAGCAGGUAGUCCCGAACAUAGAGCGAGUAUUAGCGAAAUAACUUUAGACUAUGACGAAAUUAGCAAUAUACCGCCGCUGCCUCUUUGGACGCUGUUAGCUGCUGAUAAAGAACAGCCCAUGACCCAAGAAGAACAAAAGGAUUACGAACAGCUGUUCGAUAAUAAUGUGAUAAUGGAAGAGUCUUUAGAUACUUUAUUGGAGGAUCAAGACGGGGUGCCAAACUUGGAAAGGAGGCCGUCGGAGAGGAACAUUGGUCUGACCCAUUUCACCCCGAAGCAAGGAAGAAUCUUAUCGAGAUUGUUGACUCACAUGCAUUUGCCUGGUUUAUCGAGUUUAGAUCAAAUGCAUCUUCUAGCCUUAGCAGAUACUGUUUCGACAUGCAAUACCGAUCUGGCAGAAAGGUUCGCAAUAGAUGCGGCAAAAUCCGCUAUAGCCAAAGAAAAUCUCGUCUCUCAAUCAGAUGAAAUAUCAACCGACAACCUCGACGACUGCGGCUUGAGGUUUUUGUUAUCAAUGAAGCAUUACAGCUAUCUACUGAGGUGCCUUCCUUUGGCGCAAAGAUCUCAGUUCCAGAAACAGGGAGUGGGAAAUAACAAUCUGGCUUGGGCGUUUCAUUCGGAGAGCCAAGAGGAGCUUUUAAAUUUGAUUCCCAGUUACGCCAAGGGAUGUCCCACUUGGACGCAACUCCGAGAACUCGGAGUAGGAUGGUGGAUCAGAAACUUAAAUCUGCUAAAGCAGUGCGUCCAAGUCUUGGCAAAAGCCGCUUACCAAACCGAGCAAGAUCCCAUGGACGCUGCUCUUUAUUAUCUGGCCAUGAAUAAAAAGAAUUUGUUGUGGGGUCUUUAUAGAUCUAAAAGGGACGAGCGCAUGACCAGAUUUUUCUCUAACAAUUUCUCCGAAGAUAGGUGGAGGAAAGCCGCGUUGAAAAAUGCUUACGCUUUAUUAGGAAAACAAAGGUUCGAGCACGCGGCAGCCUUUUUCUUAUUGGCAGGCAAUUUGAAAGACGCCACGGAAAUAUGUCUACACCGUAUUAACGACCUUCAGUUAGCUAUCGUCAUCGUACGUUUGUACGAAGGGGACGGAGAUAGUUUGAGGAAGUUAUUGUAUAAAGAAAUUUUAGGGUGCGAUGAAAAUGGCGAAAAUCAGGAUUUAACCAAAGCUCAUCCUGAUCCUUUCUUAAGGUCCAUGGCACUUUGGACUUUAAAAGACUACCAGGCGUCCCUCAGUACCUUGUUGAUAGGCAACGCUGGUACGCAACACUCGGCGCACGAUGAUGAAGCUAGGGAAACCAAAGAGGCUGACCCUAACGUAUUUAAUUUCUAUGUCUAUCUCAGGACGCAUCCUCUAUUGGUACGACAACAUUUGGCCAAUUACGGCCAAAGAAAAACUUUGCUACCUGACGGGCGACAUAUUCUCAUUGAGGAGUCUAUUACUCCAUUAGAGAGACAAUUAUAUUUCGCCACCGCUCACGGACAUUUUAGGGCAGGCUGUCCAGCUCUGGCGCUCGAAGUGUUGUCUAAACUACCCUACGUGGUUUCUGAUAAACACGGAAAAACGCCACUGGUAUCGCCGAAAGAUAUCAAGGAAGAAGAAAUCAUAUCAACGGGUAUUAUUUCGUGGGACAGUAAACCACAAAUUGAUCAAAAAGCGACCGAAUUCGACUGGGGUGCUCCGGUGAAAUCGGAAGUUCGAACUGAUGAUUUGGACCUCAAGUGGAGUGAUAAUGAAGAAGAUGCCGAAUCCGACGAUUCCGGAGGUCUAGCCAUGAAUGUUAAGAAAAAUGAACAGGUUACAGAAAACGAAAUAAAUGAGGAGGAAGAAGAAAACGACGAAGUGCAGAAUCAAGUGGAUAUAAUGGCUCAGCAACUGAAAUUCGUGGCAUGCCUUAAAAUUUUGAUGGAGGAGUUGUCCACUCUGGCGACUGGUUUUGAAGUAGACGGCGGUCAGUUGCGCUAUCAACUGUACAUUUGGUUGGAAAAGGAAGUGGAAGCUUUAAAAGAACUUUGCAAUUACUCUAACGGGGAUGGUGGAGAGCCUUCGGAUCAAGAGAAGUCGCCCGAACCGGAAGGAAUUGUCGUUGAGGUGAAUCCAAAGCCGACGCUUCACGAGAUAUUGGUCCAGGAGAAAUUAGACUUUGAGGCGAAAGUUCAAAGAGCGGCGAAGAGGAAACGAUGGCUCAGAGCCAACGAAACCCUGCUAAGAACAUUGUUGAGUUACUGCUCCCUGCAUGGGGCAACUGGAGGCUUGGCUUCAGUCAGAAUGGAGCUUAUGCUAUUGCUGCAAGAAUUGCAACAGGAAAAGACUCACCAGCAGCUGCUCAGUCCUUUACCAUUCCCUACCAGCUUGCCACUGUUGGCCGCCAGUGUGGCUAGUAGCAAGACAGUGAUAGCCGAUCCCAUUCGAUAUCUGCAAGGUCUCACCCACGAUAUGUUACAAACGAUGGUAGAGUUGCCUAAACCGACUUCCACUCAAACCCAACUGUUGGUGCUCAGAGAUCUCGCGAUCGCUCUUUCGGCUUGUAUAUAUCAGUCGUUAUGCGAUUCCGAUACAUUCAAAGCGUCUUUACAAGACUCGCAAGAUAUUUGUUCGACUCAUUUGGUUGGUAGAAAACGAAAAAUAUCCGUCAAUGACAAUUUGCAAAUAGUUACGCUGCCUUCGAAAUGGCCGGGUGUUACUAGCUUAAGGGCGUUGCUGGCGCGAGAAAAAGACGAAGAUACACCCAGACUAAAUGUUCUACUCUGUGAAGCGUUUAGCGCGACAUACCUCGCGCUUUUACUUUACGGUCUUGUUACCUGCGACUGUGUAAUUCUUUUCCACGUCACCGCUCACACAUUCAACGGUGAGAGUUGGGGCAGAUUGUUCGGCGGUGGUAUCAAGAAGUUGUUGAGAACGGCGAGUUUGAUUAGCAACAACAAUUCCCAGCACCCCCACCUGAUGUCUCAGCAGAGUGAGGUGGAGGAAGGUAGCGGACCGAGCAACUGGUUGAACAAACAAAGGGUCAGGUUGAACACCAAACUGCUGGGGCAUCAGCCGUCGACUAUGAAAGAGGAUAAACCUACUUACAGGGAACAAUUCGUUCCGCCCGAAAUGAGCGUAUUGGCAUUUUUACUGCAGAAGCCAUCAACGAGUUACUAUGUGGAUGAAGUGGAGAGUGAAGAUGAAGAUGAAGACGAGGACGAGGAAGUGUUUGAGUCGACUCCGAAUAUUACCAAAGUCGCAAACAACGAGCACUCCGAUCCGAAUUCGUACUCUUGGUUGGUACUUAAGCUGGCUACAUUGAGAAUUGCGCAGAACAGACUCCACGACUUUUUGGCCGUGGCAGGAUUGGAACUAUCCGAAUUGCCUGUUGCGAGUCCAUUGAUCCACAGCAGCCUGCGGAGCCUCACCCAAUGGCAGGAUAACCUCAAGCGAGAACUAGAACUGAGACAAACUCCGAGGGAAUUUAUCCCCGGAUGUUUCGUCGAGAAUACUUCGGGUCCGCCGAUACAAAAAUAUAGGCAACUGCUAGAGCCGCAAAACACCCCGUUUAGUAACAAAAGCUCGGCCGCACCCGCCAGGCUGCUGUGGAAUUAUUUGGUCCACCAAGAGCCCGUUCAAGAUAUAUUUAUCAGGGCCGUGUUCGGCAAACGGAAGUCGAUCAGUAGCGGGUUGGACGAGGUCCUACCUCAGUCGGAACCCGUACUCGAACCCGUGCGAAUUAUUCACAAGGAACAAGAUUCGAUAUCAGCGUUCAGCUUGAACCAGCUGAAUAGCGGGCUUAUAGUAGUAGCCACGCCUCGCGAACUGCAAGAGAUGGAUAUAUCCUUGCUGCUCGAGCUGCCGGCGUGGCUCGAGGACGAAUGUGAGUUGGAUAUCUUAAACUUAACAAAAGACGCGCCGGAUCCGACCGUACCUCCUUUCCUAGUGAUCCAGAGUUCGGGCGAUAAAAACAAAGAAACGCAACCGGGCAGUCCGCAGCCCGGGUUGGGUAGUCAGAGCGGUCGCGGGACGAGCGUUAUGAAGGGGCUGAGCUUCCCGGGGUGUCACGAUUCCAAUUUUGUCCAUCUGGUGUUGCUACGGUCGGCUCACAUGCUGCGACCGGUACUAAAACACAAAGUCGAUGGAGUUCGGAGGAUCACUUCACAUCCUUUACUCCCACUGUAUUUAACCGGUGGACACGACGGAUCGGUUCAACUGUGGGAGUGGGGGCACCAGCAACCCGUGGCCACGCCCAGGCCGCCCGGUACCUACGCGAAAGUGACACGUCUCAGAUUCUCUCAGCACGGUAACAAAUUCGGAGUCGCAGAUAUGGACGGCAUACUUAGCCUGUUCCAAGUGGGCCUAAGCGUUAACGCUACGCGUCCCUUCUUUACCUUGCAGUGUCAUAACAAGGGAAUCAGCGAUUUCGUGUUUCUGGGAUCUUGCAGCUUGUUGGCGACCGCCGGUCACAGUUCGGAAAGCAAAAACGUCUGCAUUUGGGACUCUAUCCUGCCCCAAGGCAAAGCUCUGGUAAUGGCGUUCACAUGUCACGACCAGGGAGCAAGCAGUCUGGUGUUUGCUCCCCAGCAUCAGGUUCUCAUCUCGGCCGGGAAAAAGGGCGACGUUUGUCUGAUAGACGUGAGGUCUAAAAUGAUCCGGCACAAGUUCAACGCUCACGAAAACGCGGUGAAAUGCAUCGCCAUUGAUCCCCACGAGGAUUACUUCGCCACGGGGUCCGCAGACGGCGACAUUAAGAUUUGGGGAGUGGCCGUUCCGAACGUGCUGUUGUCGUUGCCGGCGGAACACGCCAGAAGCAGCUUCUUUAAGAAUAUCGGACAGGGAGUGACUCAGCUCCACAUCGAUUCCCAUUCGAGAUUGUUUUCGUGCGGUGCCGAUGGCAGUAUGAAAGUGCGGCAGUUACCAGAUAGGGAAACAUUACUAAGCCACCAUUAGUAAUCGAAAUUUGCUUUAAGUAUAAGAAUGAUACGCAUUUGACUUUAAAUUAUAGGUUAAUAAGUUUGUUUCCUGGCUUAUCCAAAGUUUAAACUAAGCUAUUUAAAUGUUAGUCGUUGCCCGGCCAUCCGAUUCGGUGCUGUUUGGAAUCAGUAUUACACGAUACUGUGGAGAAUGGGAUUAAAACAAUUGGUUCUUAUUAAAUUAAUCGUUUUUGGUCGUCCAUAGGUGCAAAUUAAUUUUAAAUUAAAAUUAAUUAAGAGAUACUUAGGUAUAUCGAUUUAUUAAAGUUGUUACUGAAUAGAUAGCCGAAUAUAUAUUUAAGUAUUUUAUUCUUUCACUGUCGAUCAAUUUUAGCAACACAUUUGUCGCAGAGAACGUAAAAUUUCUGAAAUUUGGAAUCUCUCAGAAAUAAUUUUCUCGGUGAGAUGAACCUUAACGUUUCAAAUGACUGUCGGUUUGAAAUAUAUUGUGAUUCAAUAAUUAAAUAUUGUAUUUUUAAUCGUUUGUUGGUAUUAUCAUUUUUUCAUUGUUAAACGAUUUUUUUUUUCGAUGUAGUUUAAAAUAGGUCCUAUUUUCUUUCUAGUCACCUGUUUAGUUAACUAUUAUACAUAUGCUGUAUUUGUUUUGCCAUUGUUUAUAACAUAUACAUAUUCAAUAA